AUUGAAACAUAAGCUUGUAAUAACUGGAAACCUUUCUUUGAACUAUGGCACACUGUUUCAAAGUGGGAGUAAGCUUCGUUCUAGCAGGGUAGUCAGAUAAUACCUAAAGAGGUGACAGAGUAAUUCUGAAAAAAAUGGUAAUUCUUUUUGAGUUGAUGCGUGCGCGCGCGCGUGCACACGCAUACUUGCACCGAGCGUGCAACAUCAGCCCACCAAUCAGAAGCAAGGGGUCCCAGCUCAACCCGAUUGGUUAGGAGGGCGCCCCCUGUAAAAUGUAUAAAAUGAAUGCGUCGUCCUCCACAACCAUCACUUUCCAACCAUCUGUGGUGGAGAAUUCAUCGAGGCUUUAUCUUUAUACAAACCAUCAAGAGAAAUGUCUGGUCGAGGAAAAGGAGGCAAAAUUAAGGGAAAGGCAAAGUCUCGCUCUAAUCGAGCAGGCUUACAAUUCCCGGUUGGUCGUAUUCAUAGACUACUUCGCAAAGGCAAUUACGCUGAACGAGUUGGUGCUGGAGCGCCAGUUUAUUUAGCAGCAGUUAUGGAAUACUUAGCUGCUGAAGUAUUGGAAUUGGCUGGUAAUGCAGCUCGGGAUAAUAAGAAGACUAGAAUCAUUCCACGACACUUGCAACUUGCCAUCAGAAAUGACGAAGAAUUGAAUAAACUAUUGUCUGGAGUAACCAUCGCUCAAGGUGGCGUUCUACCAAACAUUCAAGCAGUUCUAUUACCAAAGAAGACCGACAAGAAGACAUAAUUUGUUUUCCAUUCAUUAUCAACGGCCCUUUUCAGGGCCAC